AUGGCGGUGCGCGGGGUCCCGGGCCCCGGCUGGGGGCUGCUGCUGGCGCUGGCGCUGGUGCUGGGCGGGCUGCCGCGGGCGCGGGGUGCCGAGGAGCCUGGGGCGCAGGGCUCCAUCGAGGGCUUCCAGGUGGUCACCUUCAAGUGGCACCACGUCCAGGACCCGUACAUCAUCGCACUCUGGAUCCUCGUGGCCAGCCUGGCCAAGAUCGUGUUCCACCUGUCACACAAGGUCACCAGCGUGGUCCCCGAGAGCGCACUCCUCAUUGUGCUGGGCCUGGCGCUGGGUGGCAUCGUCUGGGCAGCCGACCAUUCUGCCUCCUUCACGCUCACACCCACCCUCUUCUUCUUCUACCUGCUGCCACCCAUCGUGCUGGACGCCGGCUACUUCAUGCCCAACCGCCUCUUCUUUGGCAACCUGGGCACCAUCCUGCUCUAUGCUGUCAUCGGCACCGUGUGGAAUGCCGCCACCACUGGCCUGUCCCUCUACGGCGUCUUCCUCAGUGGGGCGAUGGGGGACCUGAACACCGGCCUGCUGGACUUCCUGCUGUUCGGCAGCCUGAUCGCGGCUGUGGACCCUGUGGCAGUGCUGGCUGUGUUCGAGGAGGUGCAUGUCAAUGAAGUCCUGUUCAUCAUUGUGUUUGGGGAGUCACUGCUGAAUGAUGCUGUCACCGUGGUUCUGUACAACGUGUUCGAAUCCUUCGUGACGCUGGGCGGUGACAAUGUGACCGGUGUGGACUGUGUGAAGGGCAUAGUGUCCUUCUUCGUGGUGAGCCUGGGGGGCACGCUGGUAGGGGUCAUCUUUGCCUUCCUGCUGUCCCUGGUGACACGCUUCACCAAGCACGUCCGCAUCAUCGAGCCCGGCUUCGUCUUCGUCAUCUCCUACCUGUCCUACCUCACCUCUGAGAUGCUGUCUCUGUCGGCCAUCCUGGCGAUAACUUUCUGUGGCAUCUGCUGCCAGAAGUAUGUGACGGCCAACAUCUCAGAGCAGUCAGCUACCACAGUGCGCUACACCAUGAAGAUGCUGGCCAGUGGGGCUGAGACCAUCAUCUUCAUGUUCCUGGGCAUCUCAGCUGUGGACCCCCUCAUUUGGACCUGGAACACAGCCUUCGUGCUCCUGACGCUGGUCUUCAUCUCCGUGUACCGCGCCAUCGGUGUGGUCCUGCAGACGUGGGUGCUGAACCGGUACCGGAUGGUGCAGCUGGAGAUCAUCGACCAGGUGGUCAUGUCCUAUGGCGGUCUGCGUGGGGCCGUGGCCUACGCCCUGGUGGUCCUCCUGGACAAGAACAAGGUCAAGGAGAAGAACCUCUUUGUCAGCACCACCAUCAUCGUGGUCUUCUUCACUGUCAUCUUCCAGGGCCUGACCAUCAAGCCCCUGGUGCAGUGGCUGAAGGUAAAGAGAAGCGAGCAUCGGGAGCCCAAGCUCAACGAGAAGCUUCAUGGCAGGGCCUUCGACCACAUCCUCUCGGCCAUUGAGGACAUAUCAGGCCAGAUAGGACACAAUUACCUCAGAGACAAGUGGUCCAACUUUGAUAGGAAAUUCCUCAGCAAAGUUCUCAUGAGACGCUCAGCCCAGAAGUCGCGAGAUCGGAUUCUGAAUGUUUUCCACGAGCUCAACCUGAAGGAUGCAAUCAGCUAUGUGGCUGAGGGCGAACGCCGGGGAUCCCUGGCCUUCAUCCGCUCGCCAAGCACAGACAACAUAGUCAACGUGGACUUCAGCACGCCACGGCCGUCCACCGUGGAGGCCUCCGUCUCCUACCUCCUGCGGGAGAACGUCAGUGCCGUCUGCCUGGACAUGCAGUCUCUGGAGCAGCGGCGGCGGAGCAUUCGCGACACGGAGGACAUGGUCACCCACCACACGCUGCAGCAGUACCUGUACAAGCCACGGCAAGAGUACAAGCACCUCUACAGCCGGCACGAGCUCACACCCAGCGAGGAUGAGAAGCAGGACAAGGAGAUCUUUCACAGGACCAUGCGGAAACGCCUGGAGUCCUUCAAAUCAGCCAAGCUGGGCAUCAACCAGAACAAGAAAGCGGCCAAGUUGUACAAGCGGGAGCGCGGCCAGAAGAGGAGGAACAGCAGCGUCCCCAAUGGGAAGCUACCCGUGGAGAACCCUGUACACAACUUCACCAUUGAGGAGAGAGAUCUGGAGUUCUCGGACCCUGAGGAGAUGCACAUAUACCAGGUUGAGGAGAUGACUGGGGGGAUUGAGUUCCUGGCCAAAGUCCCACAAGACACAGCGAUAGACUCCACAGCAGGAAUUGACAACCCAGUGUUCUCCCCGGACGAGGAUCUGGGCGUCCUGUCCAGGGUGCCACCGUGGCUGUCUCCCGAGGAGACCGUGGUGCCCUCCCAGCGGGCCCGGGUGCAGAUCCCCGGCUCGCCCGGCAACUUCCGCCGCCUGACGCCCAUCCGGCUCAGCACCAAGUCCGCUGACUCCUUCCUUCUGGCCGACGGCGACCCUGCAGAGGCGCGGCGCCCCGGCCCGCCCGAGUCCACGCACAUGUAACUGUCCUGCACCUCGCUAAUGCCGCUCUUCCUCCUCUCUCUCCUCCUCUUCAGGUCUCCCUCUCUCUCUUGUGUCCUGGGCCUGAGCUUCUGCGGACUUUCUCUCCAGGCGCGUCCUUCUCUCCUUCUAGAGCCUAUUCCCACAGCUUCUCGCCCAGCUGCAUUCUUAGGAGACCCUGGUGGUUGCACCCCCCAGAGCCUGUUUCUCCAACAAGACUCAGGGCUCCACGGUGAUUUGAGGAACUGGCUUCUUAGCACGCUGCCCUGUUUACUUUAAGGUUGUCAGUUUAUCACAAACUACGCGCGUCCAAGAGAGACAUAGUGGGUCCCCUUUACCAUCCUACAGGAAGGAGGGCAGGGAAAGGAUGCAAUGGCCCUGGUGGGGACGGCCUCCCAGCUCAGGCAAGGAGAGGAGGGGAAGGGAGAGAAGAGAGAAGAGGGAGGGAAGAAGGGAAAAGAAGGGAGAGGAGAAAAACCAGGGCAUGGGAGGCGAGGAGAAGAGAGGGAGGGGAGCCUUACUCAGCAGGCCUUGAGGGGGUGCCCUGCUGGUCCCAGGACUGCUGCUCACACUUUACUUCCCCAGGGAAGAGGGUUCAGCCCGCCAUAGGUUUCACUUCAAGUUUACUUUGGGUGUUUGCUGGAAAAGGAGGAGGUGGCCACUUAGAGGAGCCGUGAAGUGAAGCCUUUCCCUCCAGCGUAGGUGGGGCCCAGUCUUAGCAUAGGUUAGGGUUCACAUUCAUUUAUAGUGAAGCAGGGACAAUUUAUUCUCUCCUUGUGGACCACUCAAUGAGAGGGUGUUUAAUAAGCCCCAGCUGGGGAAAUCGAGCCCCUUCCUUUACCUGCUGGAGACGGCAGCCUGGUGCAGGUGUUUUCCUAAUGAAAGAUGCCGGACUUUCUCCUGAGAUGCUAUUUGGGACCAGAAAUGAGGGUGCACGGGGAGAGUGUCACGCUUGGGCACACCACUGUCCCGCAUGAGGGUGAAGGACGUGACACACUCUCAAAAAGGACCUUCACAGGUCACUUCGGCUGCUCCUUCUACUCUUCCUUGCUUUUGCUCCUAAACCCCCUGUCUCCUCCUUCCCUCCUCCCUGGGAUGGCACUCUCGAAUCCCUUUGUCCACAGGGCAGGGUCAUGUGUGCCUGGAGAGAUCCUAGGCAGGGCAGCUGUGCCUGGCAGUGGGCAUGGUGCUGGGAGACUGUCCUGUAGGGGGCAUCUGCUAAGGGGACCCCAGAAUCAGGCCCCUUGCCUGACCCUGUCUCUGAAGCCUGGCAGACACCCACCCAGGGUAUGGCCCGCAAGUGUCACAGAGCAUUUGGAGCAGCCCGGGCAGGCCUGGGCGGGACUCAGGCCGGGUCUGGGGGGGACCCUCCUAGCACAGACACCCAGGAAAUCUCCCAGUGACCCAAGUACUCCAUUCAGAGGAUCGGCAGCAUGCAGCUGUAGGGGCCGAGGCAGAGUGGAACGUUAGGAGACCCUACCGUCCUUGGCCCUGAAA